AUGACAUGGGUUUAUUUUCCUAUAAUUCAACUUUUACACACAAAUUUGGUGUCUUACAUGUCCAACUAAAUUGUAUGUAAAUUAACUUUCCAAUCAAUCUAGUGCUUAAAUGUCGUAAGCUUCUAUGCCAUAAACGCAUAUUUCUAGAGAAUUUCUACCAGAAAGUAAGCAUGUCUUAGUAUCCACUAUCUCCUUAUGCUAGACAUCAAGGUACAAGGUUUCGUUUUCAUUUUAUGAAAAUUCUCUAGAGUGACUUACCAGAAAGAAUAUUAGGAUACAUAAAAACACAUCUUGAAGCUGAGAAUAUGAGGCCCCCUAAUCUACUGGGUGCCUCCACGACAAUGGGCGAGGGGUCACUUUAUUACUAUUCUAGGUGUCUAAGUCAUCGUGGAAGAAAAGAAGACUUGAAGGACAUCAAUUCAUGAUAUGGAAAAUACAGAAAUAUUUAUUUGACCAAAUAUCCAGCUCAGCAGUCACUUAUUAUACUACAUAAGCAAACUUUGGAUAUGGCUCUCCAGUCUCCUGCUGGCUCCACCAAGAAAGAUGAAAUGUGCCUGCCUGCAUCUUUAUCAGCAGUUUGUUUAAACUUGGUUCAUGAUAUAAAAGGUAAAAGGCACCAAGUUUGUCAUGCUUUUAUCACUUGACUAUGACGUUGACAGCGAAAUGAAGUGCAGUUCCGAAAUCCCCGUAAAGGUUGACUCCAUUACUUAGUUCCUGAAAAUCUUCAACAGGUAGCGUAUGCAGAUAGUCUCUUGGAUGAUAAUCCAAACUCUGAAACCGUAAUUCUAAACUGCAGGAUUUACUAUGUAAUGUACGUGAUGACUAAGAAGGAUGCUGUUUCACCAAAACUUCUUUUAAAUUUAUAACUCUUUAGGUAUGGAGAGGUCAACGUUCAAUACUGCUUUCAUUGUCCUUUGUCAACCUUUGACAAUUUCAACCUUUCAUCCUGUUGAACACAAAGAAUGGGUCCAUUCUGACUUGUCAUCUUUUGCCAAUUUCAACCUUUGUUUUCUUGCUCUGCAAGAGUUGGCCAUUCUUGUUGACGGAUCUCCGUUGAUUAAUUCAUUUCCUCAUUAACUACAAUGCAGCUCACCAUUACCUUCGGUCAGAGUUCUGACAAAUUGACUGUGAAAAAAGUCUUCAACCACCUGAAAAGGCUAUAUAUUGGAACUAGUGAAGGAAGUUUUAUUCAGCUUCCGGGAGAGACGCAAGAGGAAGAGGGAGAGCUUGUGGAGAGGCAGAUGAUGCAGGCCAAAGGAGGGGCCGUGCUGACAAUUUUGUUUUCAAUUCUGUUACUGUUGUCUACAUCCGCCGAUGCAGCCAAGGUUCUAACGAAAAUAAAGGCAGCUCACCUGGGGUCUGCCUUACCAACGGCAGUUUCAAGAUCAGGAGGAAGACACUUGCCUGAUAAGUCGACGCCUUCGAAUGAUCCCGCCCCACCGGUACCAUAGUGAUGCCCCUAGGACGGAUGUCUAGUGUGAACUUCUGUUAGCUUGACGGGAAGAGAGAGAAUUUAGCAAUACGAGCGAGAAUCUUUGCUGGACUGUUAUACACUCAUCCUCAGAAAUUUGUUCAUUUCAUGUUCGAGAUCCAGCUUGUACGAAAUUAUGA